CCUGACACCGGACUGGGGGCCGUCUGGACCGAGCUCUCAGCUGCUGUGUGUUCUAUUCUGGAUCGUUCAAUAUGGGGACUCACACCGGAGAUAUGGAGCUCAAUGGGGUCGGGGAGACCGCCAAUCUUCAAGGGGAGGGUUCCCGCAUUACACGUCACAGAGAGCUGAACAUGAAUCAUUACGCAAACAAAAAAAGUGCAGCAGAAAGUAUGCUGGAUAUAGCUCUCCUCAUGGCGAACGCCUCCCAGCUGAAAGCAGUCAUAGAUCAAGGACCCACUUUCAGCUUCUACGUCCCCCUCAUCGUCCUUAUAUCGCUCUCACUCGUAUUGCAAAUUGUGGUGGGCGUUCUCCUAAUCUUCAUUGUGAAAUAUGACCUUAACAAUCCAGCUAAACACGCUAAACUGGAUGACCUCAACAAUGCCGCCACGGGCCUCGUAUUCAUUAUUGUUGUUGUAAACAUUUUCAUUACGGCCUUCGGAGUUCAGAAACCUGUGGAUGAUGCCCCUAAAUCAUAACAUCCAAUCCAUCGAGCGGCAUGUUUAGAGCUGCUAGGUUGAACCCUGUGAAGAUACUGUAAGGUCCCAAUUUUUCAUAUGACAUGCAACAAAAUAUAAUGCCAACUUGUCUUCCUAUUAAAACUAGCCACAUGGACAAUGGAACUUUAUUACACACGCCUGUUCUUCCUGUGUGCGUCACAUAUUGUGGAAACAUGUCCUAAGACUACAAUCUAUUCAGACAAUUCUUCUACAUUCAACAACAACAGAAGGGGGAAAAACAGCUUGUAGUUUUUACAGACAUCACUAUAUUUCGUGAAGAGGGGACCCAUUUAUUAGGACACCUAGUGAUGUACUAUUAUGAGACCACCUGGAUAUGUGUUUAAUUUUAAUACCACUGUUAAAGGGCGGAUAUUUAGGCAGUCACGUCUUGCAUUAAGGGACAAUUUGUCAGCAUGGCUUUUUGUACAUGGAUUAAUGAUCAAAUUCCAAUGUGAACCAUGCGUCCUGCACAUUUCCUGCACGUUUUGGAGCCAAAGGAUUUUUCUACCAGGCAUUUUUAUUUCUCUUCUUUAAUACUGCAAAUUAUUUCAUAGCAUGAGAUUGUUUACUACAAAUGGAAAAUGUGUAAAAAGUAGUGUUCCCUGACAUUGUUACA